AUGCCACUACCCUCUUUGGCGGCGCUGUCCGCCAACACCAACGAUGCUGUAUCUGGCUCGGACAACCCUGUUGUAGCUGCCCCAGACGUCGACGCCAUGAAGCGAGGGCCCGAAGACCCCUAUAAGAGGACCGAACAAUCUGACAUUUGCGAUGCCUUUGGAAAAGUGAGUGGUAGUGAAAUCCUAAGUUACAACGCAUUCAUUAAGAUUGGCAAGCAAGGAAUGUUCGCCGCCACACCCCGAGCUCUAAAGACCAGUGUUGACGCCCUCGCCGACGAGAUCAUUGACGAAGUGCCCACUUGUGCGGGUAAGGCGAAGAGUGACACUUCUGAUCUGGAUGACACCCUAGAGAAGGCUCUCAACGCCUAUGCUUAG